AUGCUCAGAAACAUGCCCGGCACUUCCCCAGUUAUACUCAUCCUCGGAGCAGGACCAAACAUAGGCCAGGCAGUCGCUCGCACUUUUGCCUCGAGAGGCUAUAAGGUUGCCCUUGCUGCUCGAUCACUAGAGGAGGCAGAUAGAACGGACAAUCAACUAAAUAUCAAGAGUGACUUCUCCAAAUCCGACGAUGUUGUCAACGCAUUCAAAAAGGUCAAUGAAGUGUUUGGUAUUCCAAGCGUAGUCAUUUAUAAUGUCAGUGCCUCGACGUUCACCCCACCCGAGGACCCCUUCGCCCUUCCGCUGGCCGCUCUCAAUCGAGAUGUGACAAUCAACAUCACUAGUGCUUUUGUAGCCGCGCAACAAGCCGUCUCUGGUUUUGCACAGCUUCCCGCUUCUGCCUCAAAAACAUUCAUCUACACUGGAAACAUCCUGAAUAUGACUAUCCUCCCGGGCUUUCUCGACCAAGGCAUUGGCAAAUCCGCCGGCGCACAUAUGAUCUGGGCUGCUUCUGCUGCAUAUAAAGACCGCGGCUUUAAGUUUUAUUAUGGUGAUGAACGAAAGGCGGACGGAACGGCCAAAUAUAGAGUCGAUGGAGAGGCGCAUGCGAAACUCUACUGGGAGCUUGCGGAGGAACAAAAGACGCAGGGCCCGUGGAUGCAGACAUUCGUCAAAGGCAUGGGAUACAAGAAGUUUGACAUUUGA